AUGACAGUAUGCCAGUAUGCUGCAAAAUUUGCAGAGUUAUCAUGCUUCGCCCCAUAUUUGAUCCCGAAUGAAGAGAAGAAGGCCAGGAAGUUUGAAGAAGGCCUGAAUUACCAAAUAUAUGAACAGGUAAUGGUCUUGCAGAUUCAGAGUUUUUCGGAGUUAGUGCACAAGGCAAUUUUAGUAGAACAAAAUAUUAAGAGGGGUGUGGAAUUGCAAGAAACAAGAAAGAGAACUACUCCACAAGGAUCCUCGAGUAUGGAACAAGGGCCAGGGAAGAAGAGAAAUGAAGGGAGCAACUCAGGUCAAAAGCGAAUGCAAGGAUUUCAAUCGAAUAACCUCUGCAAUUUUUGUAAUAAUGCACACAUGGGAGAGUGCAGGAAAGAAAUAAGGACGUGUUUUCGAUUUGGAAAGUCCAGACAUUUUAUCAAGGAUUGUCCUUUGCUUCUGUCGGAUAACAGGAAGCCUAGCCCACCUCCAGUUUCCCAACAAACAAGUCAAGGAAAUAAUCAAUGUAGAAUGGGACCAGCCCGAGUGUUUGCAUUGACAUCUGAAGGUGCGGAGGACGACAACAAUGCAAUCACAGGGAUUAAUCCCAACUACACCAACUGGAUAUUUCAUGGGGAUGAGGAUCCAUUUCAAACUCUCAACAAUUCUGAUGACAAUGUGGAGGUAAGUCAUCAAGAAGACUAUAUUGAUGACAUGGACGAGAUGUUGGGUGACUUUAUGGCAGGCAUGUUCAUUGAUGUGGCAUCAGGCAGUACUACAACUCCUCAUGAACCCCAUGCCCCUCAGAUCCCUGGACCUACACAAACCUUAGCAUAUGAGAAACUUUUAAAUGAUGCCCAACGACCACUAUUUGAUGGUUGUAAAAACUUUUCACAGCUCUCGAAAAUCGUGGAUGGAAUCAACACACAAAAGUCGCCCAAUUCCUCAAAAGGUCAUGCAGCAUUUCCCAUUGAAGCCGAGGUUGCAACGACUAUAUAUGUCAUCAAAGACGGUAGCUGA